GACUGCAGACAUGAUACAGAAGAUGAUCAGACUGCAGACAUACUACAGGAGAGGGUCAGAGACUGCAAACAUACUACAGGAGAGAGUCAGAGACUGCAGACAUACUACAGGAGAGGGUCAGAGACUGCAGACAUACUACAGGAGAUGGUCAGAGAUUGCCGACAUAGUACAGGAGAUGGUCGGAGACAGCAGACAUAGUACAGGAGAUGGUCAGAGACUGCAGACAUACUACAGGAAAGGAUCAGAGACUGUAGUGGGUGGGGGUGAAGGAGAGAGGAGAGGGACUAAAUACACCACUGACUACAGGAGAGGGUCAGAGACU